UGUCCACUGGAUUGUGUAUGGGGUGGGGGCCUCCAGGGCGCUGGCUCUAAAGAUGCAGUCAUUGCCGCUCCCUCUGGGGGCUCCAGUGCCCUCCCUGGACCAUCACUUAGAAGCCACCAAGCCCUGAGGUGAACAGAUAGGGGAACAGGCUUAGAAAGGAGCAGAGGAAGAACCGGCCCCCUACCUCCCAGCCCAGCUCCUGGGCUCUUCAGGCUCCCUUUCCCACUGCAGGUCGUCACCCACCCGGGCCGCCCCAGCAGCUCUGCCGAGCACUCCUUAAGUGGAUCUGCCCUAAUCCUCUCCCUUAUCCCCCGGGAGGAUGAGCUGGUGUUAGGGCUAAUGCAGCUGCUAAUCCUAUUCCCGCCAGCCUGAGCCACAGGAACAGCUGUGCGGACGGCAUCUGGCUCUGAUGCCGCCCAGCCCUCCGGUUUCUGGUUCACAGAUGGGAAAACUGAGAAUGAAGGGUCCUCGGCUGGAGUGGGAGCCCAGGAGCCAGAUCAGAUACAUCCAUUAUGGCUCAGAGGCUUCUAACCGCUAGCGCUGGUUCACGCUGCCUAGAGAGUGACAGCUUCCUGUGACCAGAGCCAGGGGAGCGGGAGCCACAGCGAUUCCAGGGCCGGGGUGGCCAGGAUUCCUGUCUGGGGUGGAGUCCCUUAGAGCCGUGCGAGGCCGGGGUUCUGAAAGCUAACCAGCCAGAGUGGAGAAACAAAAUGCAUACGCUGGGCCUGUCACUUCCAGACAGAUCCCAGUCACCACAGCGAGCCCACUGGCUUCGCCCGCUCUGGGGCCUCCCUCUGCCUUCCCUGGGCACUUGGAGACCACAGCUGUGUCUGCAGCCUUGCCUAGGACCUGCGUCCUGGCACAGGCCGUGGAUGCCGAGCUGAAGAAGGAUGGUGGGAAGGAUGGAACCAGGGUGUUCUGGGAAAACUCGGGCCGGGAAUGAAGCGCAGGCAGACAUGGGGAUGAAGCCAGCCUCCUCCCCUAGUCGUCCUGAAGUCACCAGUCCGACUUCUCUCCUCAGUGAGCAGACCCGAGAGGAAACGGGCAGAGCUCUGCCCGUCGAGGCCAUGGAGGUGGAGUCGGUGGAGGCCCGGGCCCCGGGCCCCGGCUACAAGCGCUCGGGCCGCCGCUACAAGUGCCUGUCCUGCGCUAAGACGUUUCCAAACGCGCCCCGGGCGGCCCGCCACGCCGCCACCCACGGGCCCGCGGACGGCGCGGAGGAGGCGGCAGAGGCGAGGCUGAAGCCAGAGGCGGAGUCCGCAGCGGAGGACGCCGGCGGGGACAAGGCGGCGGGGGCAGCCGCCAAGCCCCGGCCGUACGCGUGCCCGCUGUGCCCCAAGGCCUACAAGACGGCGCCGGAGCUGCGCAGCCACGGGCGCAGCCACACGGGCGAGAAGCCCUUCCCGUGCCCCGAGUGCGGCCGCCGCUUCAUGCAGCCCGUGUGCCUGCGCGUGCACCUGGCCUCGCACGCCGGCGAGCUGCCCUUCCGCUGCCCGCACUGCCCCAAGGCCUACGGCGCGCUCUCCAAGCUCAAGAUCCACCAGCGCGGGCACACGGGCGAGCGGCCCUACGCCUGCGCCGACUGCGGCAAGAGCUUCGCCGACCCCUCGGUGUUCCGCAAGCACCGGCGCACGCACGCCGGCCUGCGGCCCUACGGCUGCGAGCGCUGCGGCAAGGCCUACGCCGAGCUCAAGGACCUGCGCAACCACGAGCGGUCCCACACGGGGGAGCGCCCCUUCCUCUGCUCCGAGUGCGGGAAAAGCUUCUCCCGAUCGUCCUCGCUCACCUGCCACCAGCGCAUCCACGCCGCGCAGAAGCCCUAUCGCUGCCCCGCCUGCGGCAAGGGCUUCACGCAGCUCAGCUCCUACCAGAGCCACGAGCGCACCCACUCGGGCGAGAAGCCCUUCCUGUGCCCGCGCUGCGGCCGCAUGUUCUCCGACCCCUCCAGCUUCCGGCGCCACCAGCGGGCACACGAGGGCGUGAAGCCCUACCGCUGCGAGAAGUGCGGCAAGGACUUCCGGCAGCCCGCCGACCUGGCCAUGCACCGGCGGGUGCACACCGGCGACCGGCCCUUCAAGUGCCCGCAGUGCGACAAGACCUUCGUGGCCUCCUGGGACCUGAAGCGCCACGCGCUGGUGCACUCGGGCCAGCGGCCCUUCCACUGCGAGGAGUGCGGGCGGUCCUUCGCCGAGAGGGCCAGCCUCACCAAGCACAGCCGCGUGCACUCGGGCGAGCGCCCCUUCCACUGCAGCGCCUGCGGCAAGUCCUUCGUGGUGUCCUCCAGCCUGCGGAAGCACGAACGGACGCACCGGAGCAGCGAGGCCCCGGGCGCCGCCCCGCAGCAGGAGCUGGUGGUGGGCCUGGCGCUGCCCGUCAGCGUGGCUGGCGAGGGCUCGGCGGCCCCCGCGGCAGGGCCAGCGCUGGGGGACCCUCCGGCCGGGCUGCUGGGGCUGCCCCCGGAAUCGGGCGGCGUGAUGGCCACCCAGUGGCAGGUGGUGGGCAUGACGGUGGAGCAUGUGGAGUGCCAGGAUGCCGGGGUCGGGGAGGCGCCUGGUCCCCUGGCGGGGACGGGCGAGGAGGCGGACGAGAAGCCUCCGCAGUUCGUGUGCCGGGAGUGCAAGGAGACGUUCUCCACGCUGACUCUGCUGCGCAGGCACGAGCGCUCACACCCGGAGCUCCGGCCCUUCCCCUGCACCCAGUGUGGCAAGAGCUUUUCAGACCGGGCCGGGCUGCGCAAGCACAGCCGCACGCACAGCUCGGUGCGCCCCUACGCCUGCCCCCACUGCCCCAAGGCCUUCUUGAGCGCCAGCGACCUGCGCAAGCACGAGCGCACCCACCCGGUGCCCAUGGACACCCCCGCGCCUCUCGAGCCACUGGUGGCUCUGCUGGGAAUGCCUGAGGAGGGGCCGGCCUGAGCCCGUGGCCCUUCCUCCGAACUCCCCGGGGUUCGGCCCAUGGGGUGCCUCCUGCGCCGCCCUUUGCCCAGCUCACUCUCCAGACGCCAGGCCCCUGUCCCCCAAGCAGCAGCUCACCUUCCGGGCAAAGAGCCCGGGGCCGGCGGAGGCGCACCUGCUGGUGACGGGCUGUGAGGAACAGUAAAGCAUUCCCUUGGACCCCAGGUUGGCUCCUGUGUUCUAGUUGGGGGUUCGGGAGGGAGUUUGGGCAUUAGACAGGGUUCACUGCAGAUUCCUAGGCUGGCAGAUUAGAAACUAGAGGGUCUAAAGUGUUUUAGAAUGCCUGUGACAAAGGGUUCAUGGUCAAGCAAGUGCAGGAAAUUCCCUGUGCCUUUCUUGGGGGUUCUUGAUUAAAAGUGUGUUAAAGUCAUUCAUAAGUCCUGCAAUGACCAACUCUAUUUAGCUCUGUUUAUCCCAUACUUAUGUAACCAUGGAAACCUUUUACUGCGUAGUUUUCCUUCUAUCCUUUUUACAGAGAAUAAACUGAAGCCCACAAUUAGUAUAUUCCUUAUGCACUGCAGUAACAAAUUGGAAGAUAUACUUGAAAAAGAAGGGGCCCCUUCACAGUUACAAUUCCCAUAAACUACAAAGUAGCAUGCAAAACCUAUAGGAAGAAAAUGCUCUCUCCGGAAGGAGUUAGGCAUACACCAUGUACCUACAUGGGAGAACAUUAAAAGAUGUUGGCCUGCAGAAACCGGUUUGGCUCAAUGGGUAGAGCGUCGGCCUGUGGACUGAAGGGUCCCAGGUUUGAUUUGGGUCAGGGGCGUGUGCCUUGGUU